CGGGUAGCGUUAAGAUAGGUUGCGUCACCGCACACAGUCUCCCCACUAACUACAAUUUGACAGUUUCUCAGGUGAGGCGUCACGCUACCGGAGCUCUUUCACUUUCUCUUGAGUUUUAGCGCGCAUAUCACUGUGAGCCUGGGGUUGUUUAACUCAAAAACCAUUUACCAGAAGCCCUCACACCACGGCACCAUGAGCAAAAAGAAAAAGGAGUGGAGUGCGGAGAAAGAGCGCUUACUCAGUCUUGGUCUAGAGGAUAGGCGCAAAGAUUAUCGGGGAAACUAUGUGCCAUUGGACAAGAUACCCACCUGGGCAAAUCCUGACAAUAAUACAGCUACUGAUAAAGAAGAACAUCAGUCUUCCUCCUUGGCUGACAAAGUGUCUCUGUACAGAGGUGACAUCACCAUCCUGGAGGUGGACGCCAUCGUGAAUGCUGCAAACUCUUCUCUGCUUGGCGGUGGAGGAGUGGAUGGCUGCAUACACAGAGCCGCGGGUCAUCUCCUGUUUGAAGAGUGCCACUCGUUAAAUGGCUGUGACACUGGAAAAGCCAAGAUCACCUGCGGCUACGACCUCCCAGCUAAAUAUGCUCAACAUGAGGCCAGGGAUGCCUUUUGCUUCAUUGCAGAUGUGAUCCAUACUGUCGGCCCAAUCGCCAGAGGAAAUGUGGGCCAGUCUCAAAAAGAUGACCUUGCCUCAUGCUACAAUAACUCCCUCCAGCUGAUGAAGGACAAUAAUUUGAGAUCUGUGGCGUUCCCAUGUAUAUCGACAGGAAUAUAUGGUUUUCCCAAUGAGCCGGCAGCAGAAAUCGCCUUGAAGACUGUGCAUGACUGGAUUGAGGCGAACCAAAAGAAGAUCGACCGUGUCAUAUUCUGCGUCUUUCUGGAGACAGAUUAUGAGAUUUACAAGAGGAAGAUGUCAGAUUUCUUCUCCCCAGAUAAUGACGACCAUAAGAAAGAAGAAGAUGCCAGAAUGGAGCAAGGUAACACGCAGCCCAUGGAAGGAGAGGAAGAUGAUGACGAUGGUGCUGAUAAAAAAGGUAACACACAGCCCAUGGAAGGAGGGGAAGAUGAUGACGAUGGUACUGAUAAAAAAGGUAACACACAGUCCAUGGAAGGAGAGGAAGAUGAUGACGAUGGCACUGAUAAAAAAGGUAACACGCAGCCCAUGGAAGGAGGGGAAGAUGAUGACGAUGGUACUGAUAAAAAAGGUAACACGCAGCCCAUGGAAGGAGAGGAAGAUGAUGACAAUGGCGCUGAUAAAAAAGCUGACAGCCGUGAUGACGAAACCGUGGUCCAGGAGGACAAAACGUCUGCAAAGGAAGACCAUAAAGUGGAGGUGAGUCCAACAGCAAAGAAGAAACCUGAACCCGAGAGAGAAAAAGAGAAGGAGAAGAAAGAAGACAAGGGAUAUGAUUCACAAGUUGCAGGGGACAAGAAAGAGGAUAGCCCAGGAAAGAAGAUGCAAACAGGCCAGACUGAUGAAGCGGGAAAACAGAUGAAAGACUCAACAAAGAGUGCAGACAUCGGGGCGGACACCAGUCCAGAGCCUGCGGUUCCCAUGGAGGUUCAGGAUGCUGUCACAACAGCCAAGGAGAGCAACACCAGCAGCACUAAAGUUGACGUGCAGGACAAGAGCUCACAAGAGCCUGACUCAACUCCACCAGACAGCAGACCAAAUUCCGAUGACGGCCAAGGCAAUGCGAGCGCACAGGAAUGAGACGACAAUCAGCCUCAUAGGAACGAGUGCCGGCAAACUGUGUGAAGUCAAACAUCACACCAAUUUUGUCCCACGCCAGGGAGUCGCCCACAAACACUGGGAAAAGAGUUGACCCCCACUUCAUUCACCAUCUUUCCUUCUAUUCUACCUGUAUUUCCUUUCCACUUCCUCAUAUUGAUAAUAAAUCAAAUAUAUAGCUAUAUAAAAUGGAACAAAUGAGAGUUUGAAUCAGAGAGAGUGCAGGGAUUGUGGAGCUAGAGGAGGGCUGCUAUACCUCACUAACAUGCUGCUUGAUCAAUAGUUGUUGUUUUUUUAAAUAUGGCAUCCUGGUGCUGGAUUUGAACUGGUUUAAAUUAGGUAGAUUGGUCAAAACACAUCCAAAAAUCAUCCUGACACUUUUAGUUACACGCUGUUUUGUAAUACUAUAGAUGAAGUGCAAAGCCAAGGCUGAAUUUUCCUUCCUGCAGAGCACAGUAAUGCAAGAUUCAGACCAAAUAUGAUCCGGUUUCACAUCCCUGUCCACCAAUUAAGAUUUCUUUUAGGUGAAAAACACUAAAAUGGCUUUAAGUGUGCCGUUUGUGCGUGAGUGAGUGUGUGUAUAUACAGAUGAUGUCACUUUAAAGAGGUUUUCGCUUUGUGUUUGAGCUUCAGAACCAAGUCAGGUCAAACGAGGAGAACGUCGCUUGAUUCUAAUCUCAGAUCGAGUGGUGACAUUCCUCCCUAUUGCACGCCGUAUAACAGAGGUGUUCGUGCGCUCCUCUGCUUUGAAACGACACGUCGCUCGCAGAGACCCCCUUUAAUCUCUCAAACGAGCAUUGAUCAUGUUUCAUCUUCAAAGCUGCUCUGACUACUGCGAAUGCCUGAUAAAAAAGGAAAACUUCUGUUGUGUCAGACUGACGUGGCCGUUUUUGACGAGUGCGCUAACAAAUUAAUUCCCUCAAGUGUAUCUAGAUGCAUGCCAGCAUUGUUUAAAAUGUUUUAUUUACAGUCCCUCUCUCUCUUUCUCGCUCUCGUUCCCUGUCACAUGCAUAAACAGAUAUCAGUUGCAAGCUCUCAGUAUUUUUACCAGAUUGUCUCUGCAUCUCCAAAAAUCUGCCUUAUUUCAUGCGAUAGGUAGUACAUAAUCACAAACUGGUGAUGGCAAAAAUAAAAAGCAAAUAGUAAGCGUGUGGCUUUGAAUGAAUUAAAUGCUACUUAAGAUGAUGAGUGAUGCAUUUAUUUUAAACAAAAAAAAAUGUUGUCUUUAUGUUUGGGUUUUAAUUUGGUUGUUUAGUUUUCUUGGAUAUGAUAUUUUUUGGUUGAUAAUGAUUAAAAAUGUAUUCAAAAGGUUAAUUUACUCCUUUAAGUGGUGCCAUACUGUAUAUCAGAUGAACUUCUGCCUUCAUCCUUUGAUGUUUGCUUUGCUAUAAAACAACUAUGAAUAAAGUUAUAAAGUUGUUUCCCUGGG